AUGUUUACAUUGAUCUUUGUUUAUCUGUGUCUUUUGUGUUGUAACUUGCAUGCAGAGACUGAAUCCUUCUCCAAAUCCUCAGAGUUUAAAAUGAAAGGAGAUUACCUGCUUGGGGGACUUUUUGAUAUUCAUCACGUCAAUGCAACUCUCCAUCAGAAGAGUCUCCAUCAGAACAUCCCAGAAGCCAUCAUCUGUUCCAGUCAAGAGUUUUCACUGUCAAGUUACCGGAGGUUUCAGAUGAUGAGAUUCUCUAUAGAGGAAAUCAAUAAUUCUACCAGUCUACUACCCAAUGUGACUCUUGGCUAUGAAAUAUUUGACCACUGCUCAGACACAAAGAAUUUUCCAGGUAUUUUCAGCCUGAUGUCUGUUGAUGGUUCAGUUCAACCUUGGAAAGAAUCUGUAAACUUCUCUAAAGUGAUUGCAGUGGUGGGUACAGACACAAGCACAGCAUCACUGGCUUUUGCAGCACUGUUCAUGAAGGACCUUGUUCCGAUGAUUAGUCAUGGAGCCUCCAGUUCAGUUUUCUCCAGAAAACAGAAUUUUCCAUCAUUCUUGCGAACAGUGCAUCCUAAUAAAGACGUCAUAGAAAUAAUCUUGAGGUUUUUGGAAAAGUUCAAAUGGACCUGGGUGGCUUUCCUCUACAUUGAUGAUGAUUAUGGAAGAGAUGGCCUGGAUGUGUUUGUGAAAAAGAUAAAGGACACUGAAAUCUGCUUAGCAUUCAGUUAUGGUCUUGAAGAGGACACAGAUUAUACUAAACUUAUCAACCAGAUGGAACAACACAGGAUAAACGUUAUAAUUGUUUUUACAACUGAGUGGACAGCUGAAAAACUCAUUAUGUCAGCCAUCCAACAAAAUGUUACCAACAAGGUGUGGAUAGCAGUGGAUGCCUGGUCUCUUCACAAACAGCUCCCUAAAAAAACAGGAAUCAGAAAUAUUGGGACUGUUCUUGGGAUUGCCGAGCCUAAAAUCACAAUCCCAGGAUUUGAUGAUUUUAUUAAUUCCUUCAAAGCUCAAAAUCAGUGUGAAAAUCCAGAGCAGGAUCCAUUUUGUAACCAGAGGUGUAACUGCAGCAGCGUUAGCGCUGAAGAUAUCAUUACAGCAGAUCCCUCUUUUAAUUUUCCUGUUUACUCUGCUGUAUAUGCCGUUGCCCAUGCCUUACAUGCAGUGCUGCAGUGUGGAGCUGGCAGUUGCAACAAGAGCAUUAAACUUUACCCACACAUGGUCCUGGAAGAACUUAGAAAGUCAAAGUUCACACUUUUAAACCAGACAGUUCAUUUUGAUGAUAAUGGUGACCCCAAGUUUGGACCCUAUGCCAUAGUGUUCUGGAAUGAGAGCGGUGAUGCAGAAGAGAUCGGUUCUUAUACAUUUCACCCAGAACAUAACUUUGACAUUAAUAAGUCUAAAAUCCAUUGGCAUGGAGACAAAGAGCCUGAAUCAUUUUGUUCUAAAGAAUGUCCUGAUGGAUUCAUGAAAAAACAGGAAGGAGUCCACAAAUGCUGCUUCAGUUGUACAAUCUGUCCCAAAGAAACUUACCUGAACAUUUCAGAUCCUUAUAACUGCAUCAAAUGCAAGGACACAGAGUGGUCUGCAGAGGGGAGUAAAGCAUGCAAUAUACGGCAGCUGGAGUACGUCCGAUUCAGCGAUCCUGCUGCUAUAUGCAUCAUGAUUGGGACCGUGAUCUUAUUGGCUUUCAUUGUAGCCAUAUCUGUUCUCUUUGCCCUCAACUACAACACACCGGUUGUCCGAUCUGCUGGAGGUCCAAUGUGUUUCAUAAUUUUAGGAUGCCUCAGUCUGUGCAGCUUCAGUGUUUUCUUUUUCUUCGGUGAGCCCAGUGUUGCGUUUUGUGUCUUAAGGUAUUUUCCAUUUCUGUUGUUCUACACUGUUUGUGUGGCGUGUUUAUUUGCACGCUCCUUUCAAAUUAUUUGUAUUUUCAAAAUAUCACCAAAGUUCCCAAAUAUCUGUAGGAUUUGGACUAAAUAUAAUAUACACUGGAUAUUUAUUUCUGCUGCAUUUUUGCUCCAGGCCAUUUUACUUAUCAACCGUUUUUCUCUUGACCCCCCAAAACAAAACAAAGAUAAAUUUUACUUUGACAGAAUUAUACUGGGUUGUGAGGUUAACACAUUUUUAGAUUACAUACUCAUCUCAUUUAGUUUAAUAUCUGUUUUAAUUUUUCUUAGUUUUUGUUUCUCAUAUGCAGGAAAGGACCUUCCAAAAAAUUACAAUGAAGCUAAAGCAAUAACCUUUUGUAUGUUUCUGCUGAUCCUUAUCUGGGUUACCUUUGCAACUUACGAGACAGUUGUUCAUGGAAAGGACAUUGAUGUUAGUCAUGCUGUGGCAACACUCUCAAGUCUCUACUCUUUACUACUUGUGUAUUUUUUACCAAGAUGUUACAUAAUCCUUUUCAAACCUGAAAAAAACACUGAGCAGUACUUUCAAGAUCUCAUUCAGUCCUAUACCAGAUCAUAUAGCCAGUAGAUUAAAAAUACACAACUCUGAGAGGUUGUUGACAAGGAGCUGAUGGCUUUAAGCCUUCUGAGUACCUUUUACUUUAGAAUUUAGACUUUUUUUCUGCUAACUGUUGUUCC